UUACAACCAAACACGUUUUUGUUUCGAAAGUAAGACCUACUCUUACCUCCUCUCCCUUCUCUAUAUAUAUAGUCAUGAUGAGUUUUAUGUUCUCCAUCUCAACAACAUAUAUCUCUCUACUCACACUACUUACUUAAUUACCACAUCACUAUUACUAUAAACAAUAAUACAUUACAUAUUAUAGAGCAUUUAUACCAUAAAUUAACAAUGCUUAGUAGAAUCCAUGCAAUAUUUAUCGCUACUUUCGUUCUACUUAUUCUCUCCGUUUCAUCAUCCUCGUCUUUGGAGUUUGGUUUCUAUAAGAAAACAUGUCCAUCCGCUGAAGCAAUUGUUAGAAGAGCUGUAAACAAAGCAGUUUCACUCAACCCAGGCAUCGCUGCUGGUUUGAUUAGAAUGCAUUUUCAUGAUUGCUUUGUCAGAGGAUGUGAUGCUUCCGUUUUAUUAGAAUCCACACCAGGUAAUCCAUCUGAGAGAGACCAUCCUGCAAACAAUCCAAGCUUACGGGGCUUCGAGGUCAUCAACGAAGCUAAGACACAAAUAGAAGCCGCAUGUCCUAAAACUGUGUCAUGUGCAGACAUUCUUGCUUUCGCGGCUAGAGACAGUACUCGCAAAGUUAGUGGCGGCAUAGACUACUCAGUACCGUCAGGACGCAGAGAUGGUAGAAUCUCUAUCAUGGAAGAAGUCACACAAAAUCUACCACCACCAACUUUCAAAGCGGAGGAACUUAUCAAACGUUUUUCCAUAAAAGGUUUAUCAGCAGAUGAAAUGGUUACACUUUCUGGAGCUCAUUCUAUUGGUGUCUCGCAUUGUUCCUCUUUCUCAAACCGAUUAUACUCUUUCAACGCUACGUUUUCUCAAGAUCCUUCCAUGGACCCUAAGUUUGCUAUGAUGUUGAAAUCCAAGUGUCCACCACCACAAUCACAGACAAGAGACCCAACGGUGGUGUUUGAUGGUUCGACACCUAAUGAUCUGGACAACAUGUACUAUAUGAAGUUGAAGAAUAAGCGUGGUUUAUUAACUUCAGAUCAAACAUUGGCCGAUAGUGAGUUAACAAAGAGAAUGGUGUUAAAAAAUGCUAGACAUAGUGCAAUAUGGAGAGUGAAGUUUGCAAAGGCCAUGGUGCAUAUGGGUUCCAUACAAGUCUUGACAGGUUCUCAAGGUGAGAUUAGAGAACGCUGCAGCGUUGUCAAUUUUCAUUAACUGCACAACAUUUCUUCAUCUUCCACAAAAAUCUGUCCAUAGAUGUCAAGAUAUAUACAUUCUUUCUUUCUUUUUUCUUCAUCAAUUCUUUGAAUUAUUAUUGUUUCUGUUUGAAAUCAUUCUUUAUUUGUGUAUAACUGUUUGUAAUCUUUAUCAACUCAAGUGUAUAUUUACAAUCCAGUGUAAUAUAAUGUGAAAAGUAGUGAACUACUACGUUUGAAUAAUAUUUGUUGGUAGAAUUCAAGUGCAUAUGUGCUAUCUAAUGUUUAUAGC